AUGGCGAAUGAGGAAGAGAUACAAUGUGGGUCGAUGCUGUUUAAGCAAGAGGAGCUGCAAGAGAUUAGUGGGCUCAAUGUUGGUGGCGAUUACGUUGAGGUCAUGUGUGGUUGUACCAGCCACCGUUACGGCGAUGCCGUUGCCAGACUUAGGGUUUUCCCCAACGGUGACCUCGAAAUCACCUGCGAAUGCAACGAGGCUUUCUCUGGUUCUCCGGUUUUUCACACGGAUCCUAUGCUUUACUGGGUUGUGGCCAAAGUGGUAGCUUUAUUGACAUAUGAUGAUGAUAUGACUCACUUAGUUGUUCCUCUGUGUAUACGUCUGAUAUCAAAGCUUGAUGCAACCUCAUUGCUUGUAUACACCAAUACCAUCUCUUACAAGUUAACACCAGCUGCGUUCGAGAAGCAUUCCGGGAGGGAAACAGCUAGGAAAUGGAAAAACAAUGUGUGGGUUAUCAUUGGAGGCGAAAAGGUUCCAUUGUCAAAGACAGUGUUGCUCAAAUACUACAACGAAUCAUCCAAGAAAUGCAGUAGGUCCAACAGAUCACAAGGGGGCAAAGUUUUCCAUAGAGAUGAGUUUGUUGGGUGCAACGAAUGUGGCAAAGAGAGGAGGUUCAGGUUAAGAAGCAGAGACGAAUGUCGCUUGCACCACAAUGCAAUGGCUGAUCCAAACUGGAAAUGCUCAGAUUUUCCAUACGACAAGAUAACAUGUGAGGAAGAGGAAGAGAGAGGAAGCAGGAAAGUGUACAGAGGCUGCACACGUUCACAAACUUGCAAAGGCUGCACUACCUGCGUCUGCUUUGGCUGCGAGUUAUGCCGUUUCUCUGAUUGUGAUUGCCAGACGUGUGUAGACUUCACCAGCAAUGUCAAAGCUUGA